AAUAAAAUUAUUAAAGAAGAAAAAAAAAAAAAGAAAAUUUAAGCUGCCGCUGUAUAAAUAAAUAAGCCACAAAAUAUGUAUUGUAUAAUAUGAUCAAAUCUGAUGCAACUUCCCGGAAGGAGAGAGAUAAGCCCAUUCGUGAAAAUCACCCAACGAAAAGAGAAUAGAAGAAAGCCCAAAGAAGCUCGCAAUACUCGGAUAAUAUCUAACAAUUAUUAUUACUAUUGUAUCUUCUAUCUUUUUCUUGGCAAUGAAUAUUACUACUGCUGCUGCUGCUCAUGAUCAAUAUCAUCACCAAUUAGCAGCAAGCAUUGUUGAUUUCGAGGACUACUUUCCAUCGAUGAUCGGACGGUUGGGAGCGGAAGGAUUCAUUUGGGAGCUUUGCAACGGGUUUCGCCUGUUGAUGGACGUGGAAAAGGGGGUUAUCACUUUUGAGAGCUUGAAGAGGAACAGUUAUCUUCUUGGAUUGCAGGAGCUGAGAGAUGAUGAUCUGGUGUGCAUGUUAAUGGAAGGUGAUCUUGAUGGAGAUGGUGCUUUGAACCAGAUGGAGUUUUGCGUUCUCAUGUUUCGGUUAAGCCCAGGUUUAAUGGAUAACAACAUGAUCAGUACUACUAAUGCUACUACUGCUAAUAAUACUCCUACUAAUAAUAUUAUUAAUGGCAAACAGUGCUGGACUGAUGAUAAUUUAGAAUUUAAUCAUCUCAUGAAUAAUGUAUUAAUAUAGUCAGUUAUGUAUUGAUGAUAUUAAUUAUUCUCUUGUCAUCUUCGUCAUCAUUUCUAGCUUCUUACAAAAUAAGUAGUAUAUUGUAACCUUACUUCAUCAAUAGUACGGUCCGCGUAUAAAGGUAUACUACACUAUGGUAGAUUGUUUAAUUAAUUUUUGAUGAUAAUCCAUUUUAAUCUUUCUGUAAUGUAAUAACGUUCAUUCUCUUAUUAAGGAAUAGCAAUAAUUAUGCUAAUUAAUUAA